CAAAACAGUCCAAUUUAGGGCGUUGACAUCAUAACUUUACAUGCUUUUAUCUAAGUUGAGUUCAUUGUGCCUAUUUUGACAUUAUAUGUGAUUAUGUGCACUAACUAAUUGCAGAUAAUAAGGAAGAUCCCAGUGGCAAAAUUCAAGUAUUGAUUGUGGAAGAGGAUCCCAGUAGCAACAUUCCAGCAUUAAUAUUGAAGAUCCCAGGGACUGCAUAACAGAUUUCAAUUUGUGAGCUUACCCCAGUGGUACAUUACAGCAUUACUUCUCGGGGAAAAUCCCAGCGGCGGCAUACCAAUAUUAAAUUUAGCGGGAGAUUCAGAAGCUGUAUAUAUUGCAAAGGAAAAAGAAUGGGCUGGACAAUAUUAUUCCUGUGUGUUCAACUGAUUCACGGAGCAUUGACUCUCAACUGUUUACAAUGCAAUGGUAUCUCUCAACCGCGACACUGCAAAUCCAUUGAAGAGUGUAAAUCGGGUGAGGUUUGUGGUGUAGAAAAGAUUAUCAACAAUUUUGGAGACACUGUUUACAAUGUUGGAUGUAUCACAGAACUGAUCUGUCAAAAUAGGUCGUCCAACCACCGACGGUCAUAUUACGAAGUUUGUCGAGAGUGCUGCAAUGUUGACCUUUGCAAUGCUCAAGGGUGCGGAGAGCCUGGGUAUCCACAAAACAGAGGUCCCGUUUGCUACAGUUGCUCUUUGCAGACAGAUCCUGGUGCUUGUCAUGCCAUUGAUUUCUGCGAUUCGGGUGAGGUUUGCAAACAUGUUGUAUUUAGUGAAUUUGGAGACAAUGUAUACACCAGUGAAUGUUCCAGCUUACUUGAAUGUAAAGACAAUUACCAACAAGGCAAUCUUUUCGGUCGGGAUGUUACGAGCGUCCAGGAGCAAAGUGAUCUUGAUCUGCGUUCGUUGACAGGACAAGUGUGUCACAACUGUUGUGAUACUGAUCUUUGCAAUAAAGAUUGUAAUGGAACACAUGCACCAGCUCAGUGUGUGGAUACAACACCAUCCGCAACAUGCAAACUUGCCUCAUCUGUCAUAUGCCGAGACAAAACCCACGCACAGAACGGUGGUUGUCUACAUUAUUGUGGUUUUUGUUAACACGUGGCAUGUUAUAUAUGUAUCAGUUCCCUAUAAUAAACUGAAUUGUUACACGAACAA